AUGAAACUACCGAUCGCCGUACUGUCAUCGAUCCUACUUGUUUGCUCAGUUACUAUUGCCAAUCCAGUUUUUUCUACUGUAGCUACAACUCCAAAAUAUGGUCCUUCGUCAAAUCCUAAUACAAGCGGUAUAAACUUGAGUAGUCGUGUUCCACUUUCAGCUAAAACUAAGAAUUUUCUCAGAGAAUACUCAAAAAGAAAACAUGACCAUGAUAGGCAUACAAAAGAAUGCGAGUUGAUAGACCUUCAACUUGAGGAUCAACAGAACCUGGUGAAACGCUUGGGGGAAAGGUUUGGCAAUUUGAGACUUGAAUUCCACAAAAAUAGUCGCGACCGUUCAAAGUAUAUGGAUAUGAUGAAAAAACUUGAGCGUGAGAUUGCAGAAGGAUACUCUAAAAUUGCUGAUCUUCAAAGAAAAAAGAACAAGUGUAUACUCGAGCAGACUCAUGUUAAUCAACAGCUGGAUUUCGCCAAAAUAAAUCUCAUCAAGCUAGUUUCCAGAAAAACUCUCGAUCUUGAAUCACUCGAUUCCCAGCUUUUACCUAUCCUUUCACAUCCUCCCGUUAAACAAUACCUUGAAGGACUAUGUGGUGGUGAACAAUCAUCAGCAUGCAGUGAUGAACAACAAAAACAAAGGUUUACUCUCGAAGAACUUAAUUUUGAAGAUUUUGAAGAUAUUGAUCUUAACGAUCCUAGUGAUGAAAAACAACGUCAAAAUCCACAACCACAGUCUGGAUUUAGCUCCUUUGGACAAAGAUUUACCUCUCUUGGAGAAAGAGCUUACUCUGGUGUGCGUAAUGUUGUCUCCAGACUUGGUGAUGGGCUUAGAUCGCUUGUCGAACGACUCAGAUGUGGUAAUCGAUCCGAAUGUUAA